AUGGAAGGCCUCCACCUCUGCCAGCAGGACACAGCUAGGACCCCCUGGAACGGGCUGUCGGGGAGGGCGUCUUCCAACCCGGUGCUCCCCCUGAGCAGUCAGCAGAGCCCCAGCAUCCCUCAGGAGAGAUACAUGCCCCAGCUUGAGUCACCCGCCCUUCCUCAAAUGUCUGGUGGGACUUUGCGGUCACAGGCCUUUCUGCUCAAGGGUCAGGUCCAACUGGUGAAUGGCUCCAACCAGUGCUCCGGACGGGUGGAGGUUUGGUACCGCAAUGAGUGGGGAACGGUGUGUGAUGACAACUGGGACAUGAGAGAUGCCUCUGUGGUGUGUAGGCAGCUCGGCUGCGGGGAGGCGGUGUCAGCCCCAAGCAAUGCUUAUUUCGGGAGUGGAUCUGGGACUAUCUGGCUGGACGACGUUAACUGCAAUGGGGAGGAGGAGCUCCUCACGGAGUGCUCGCUGCAGAAUCAGCCGCAGGAGGACUAUGGGAUGCGCCUCUGUCUUGUUGCACAGGGUCUUAUUAAAUCACCCUCUUCUCCUGCCCCAGGUUGGCCCAAGGACUGCAGCGAGAUCCCCGCUGGCAGCCCCAGUGGCGUCUACGCCAUCCAGCCCACAGGACUGCACCCCAUCGUGGUGUACUGCGAAAUGAACGUGACGGACGGGGGCUGGACAGUCAUCCAGAGGAACCGGCAGAGCACGGAGAUCACCUGGGCCGAGUCCUGGAGCACCUACAAGUACGGCUUUGGGAACGUGCACACUGAGUACUGGCUGGGCACCGAGUACAUCCAUCAGAUCUCCAAGCAGAAGGUCUACCAGGUCAGGUUUGUCAUCUGGGAUGCUUCAAACAACAUGAAGUUUGCAGACUAUAGCCUUUUUAGUGUGGAAGAUGAGUCCCAUGGCUACCGGCUGAGGCUGGGAGCGUACUCGGGGACAGCAGAGGAUGCCAUGGCCUCGGUGAGUCCCAGUACCAUGCAUGACAACAUGAAGUUCUCUGCCAAAGAUCUGGAUCAGGACACUUACAGCGGGAACUGCGCCUCCAGCUACGGGGGCGGGUGGUGGUACUCGGCGUGUUAUUCUGUACGGCUGAACGUCAAGGGGGGCCUAACGUGGGGCAGCCUGUGCAACGGGAACUGCCAAGCUUCUGCCAUCCUCAUCAAACCCAUUACCUACUGCUAG